UCGGUCUUCGACUCUUUCAUCGAGUCAUUGACAACGUUUUCCGGUCGUUUAUCUGACAUGAUAUACCUUCAUUUAUUUCUACCGGUCACUUCGAUACAUUGUUGAAGGAUCUGCCAAGCUCUCGAGCCUCGGUCAAGUAGUGCUUGACCAACUUAUGAUAACGAUGCAGAAAGAGGAAUGGGAGGUUAUAGAAUCCAUCUACCCUGAUUAUAUCUCGCAAAGCCUCGACGAAAGUGGCUCAUUCAAACUCGAAUUACCUGUGGAAUUCCCGGAAGCUAGAACGGUUCACAUUUUAAACGAUUCCAUGACAGAAGAAGGAGUCACCGAUAAUAAAGGAACAAAUAGAGAGGAGGCGGUCUCGCUAUCUCUAUCCACGCUACCACCACUGUUAUUACACAUUGUGUUACCUCCGACAUAUCCUAUCCGAGAGGCACCGUCUUUACUGUCUAUCAGGGCGACACACCUAUGGCUGCAGGGGGGUCAUUAUGCGCAGUUACAGAAGCAGAUGAUGGAUAUGUGGUCGGAGGAAGAGGGUCAAGGAGUCUUAUACGCCUGGAUUCAGUAUCUUCAUAGUGGAGAGUUCCUCGAAGAUGUGGGCAUGAUCAAUGAAGAUUCGAUACGUAUCCAUCACCCCUCACCACGAAACCUGGCAUCUCUCCUGGAAGAUCACCAAGCCCGAUCUACAUCCAACACCUUCAAUCAAACAUCCUAUCCAUGCUCUAUCUGCCUCGAAAACUUCAAAGGUUCCAAAUGCCUCCAGCUCGCCUGCGGCCACAUCUUCUGCCGAAAAUGUCUACAAGACUUUUGGGGUCUCUGUAUCCGAGAAGGCGACAUCGAGCGUGUCCGAUGUCCAGAUCCAGAAUGCGUCAAACACGGUCAAGACGCAACUGAAGAAGAAGUUGCCAGAGUCGUCAGCGGUGGAGAGGAAGAACUCGAACGAUGGAGGUGGUUGAAAGAAAAAGCUGCGGUGGAGAAAGAUCCGACGAUGAUACAUUGUCCGAUGUCGUUCUGUCAAAAACCCGUACGGAAGCCUAGAGUUGUCGAGGGUCAAGAAGAUUCUGGGUGGGAUAGACUCCGAACGUGUACGGAGUGUUCCUAUUCAUUUUGUGCGUUUUGUAAAAGAACUUGGCACGGUCCGAUUUCUGCCUGCCCUAUAGUCGCCUCUGAAACCCUGGUCCUCGAGUACCUUGCUUCACCAGAAAAUUCCCUGACACGUACGACAAUGGAACGUCGGUAUGGGAAGAAAAAUAUCGUCCGGUUGGUUGACAAUUAUCACGACGAACAGGCGAACAAGAAGUGGCUGGAGUCUUCGACGACUGCUUGUGCUGGAUGCGGUGUUAAGGUGGAGAAGAGCCUCGGGUGUAAUCAUAUGACCUGCACCAAAUGCAAAGUCCACUUUUGUUACAAGUGCGGACAAAAACUUGAUCCUACCAAUCCGUAUAAGCACUUCAGUACACAGGGACAGCCGUGCUAUAACCAGCUAUUUGAUGUCAACAGCGAAGUUGAUAUGGAUGACUGGGAGUUUGAGGCAUUUGGAUGAACUUUAUAAUUUUUUUUUCACAGCCCAGGGUAUAUUUAUUGAUUGCUGUACAUCGGAUCAACACUUAUGAAAUUCAUAUUCAGCCUUCC